CUCCCCCGCCCUCCACCUCUCCCUCCCCCCAGCCCCAGCCCCAGCAAGCACCGGCUAGCCACCUUCAGCUGGGGCUCGGGAGAGCAAUCCCGCUACCCUCCCGGGGCAGCCUAAACCAUGGAAGCCUUCGCAGGUUGCUGAUCAUCGUCAGGCGGCUGCUGCAGCUACUGCAGAGGCGCUGCGCCAAGCUGCGCCGGAGUCGUGCGAGCCCGCGGGACUGCGGAGGGCGAGUGGACCCAGGGCUGUUGGGAGAAAUCAAUGGCGUGAUGUACGUAACACAUGUAGCACGGGCUGGUGCACACUGGGGCUUGGCUUGGCAGCUGCUUCCCCGCCAGCACGGGCAGAGGUCCAGGGCAUGGCAUUCUCAGCUAAGCUUCCCCAGGCGAUUGUCUACAGUCCCUCUCCCGAGUGUGCAAUCAGGGGCUGCCACCUCUCGGUCUGGCUCAAAACUAGCCUCCGGCUGCAGAAAGCCUAGGUUUCACUCUCUUGACCUGAGAGAGCUCUAAGCUGACGCUGGUGUAGCCCUGAUCCCAGACAGCUAACCCUCUGCAUGGGGUCUCUCCCUCCCCCUUAUCCCUAAAAGACAUCCCUGCAGAGCUGUCCCUUGUCACUACUUGUCUCUCCUCAGUAGAACAUCCUAAGGACCCCAGCAGUGGAGUCAAAAGACCUGAGUCCACCCAUCUCUUCUCAAAUCUCCUGGGCAUGUGAAUGUUUUGCUAGACCCACCCACCCUGGAAUACUCAGCACCUAGGGAGGGCUUCUUACUCUCUUGACCUUGGCCUCCUGUACAUGAGACCUGUGCUCAAGUUCUUGGGAUGUGCUGAACUAUGUGCAUGCAUGUUUCCAUGACAGAAGCUGGCUUGCUUGCAUGCAGCAUGGCAAUCAGAGGGCCCGGCUGCUUGUCCUGCCUCGUGGGCCUGAGCAUGUACAGGGACAUGUGUGUGACACAUCUUGGAAUGACCUAUUUUGUCUGUACCCAUUUAUCUUUCUACACGUGUGCUGGUAUGUCCGUCUGUCUUGUCUCCUUUGUAGCCAGGAAGCCCCGAACCACGUGCCAACUGGGAAGGUGACGGUCCGAGAGCCCAGCCCGGCCUAAUCGGGGGCUCCGACUCCUGCACCAGGAGCCGUUCGACCUGCAGCCCCUGCCAGAGAGGGAGGACUGGAUGUGGGAGGCAGGAUCUGAGGGGCAGGAACUUGGGGAGAAGCAGGCUUUGCUGGUAGAGUAGAAGAUCCUUUUGCUGCACUGGUGGACAGGAGGCCCUUGUCUGACUGACAGGGUCUUCCCCUCUGGGUACCUUCACUGUGACUUGGAAGAUCUGGGGUUGGACUGAUGACUUCUAGCUACCCCUGAGGCCCUGAGGACUGAGACUUUAAACUGGGGUUAGCAGCCUGUGCCAAGCCCCACUGAAUUCACUGGCAGAGGCGGCUGCCUGCAGUAGCCUGUAGGUCCUCGCUUGAUUCUGGGGUGUCGUGCCUGAAGGGCAAGAGGAGAAGUCAUGCCAGGCAGUGGCCCCAGUGAGAGGAUGACAUGGCCCGGCCCUGCCCUCCCUACGCCCCCCACAACCCGCCCUCUUUCCUCAGCCCCGGGAACACCGCCCAUCCCACCGCUGACCAGGACCCGCAGCCUCAUGGCCAUGUCCCUGCAGGGAAGUAGACGGGCCUCUGCCGGAUCUCGCAGGCGCACGUCUCCACCUGUGAGUGUGCGGGACGCCUACGGCACCGCUUCCCUCAGCAGCAGCAGCAACUCUGGCUCCUGCAAGGGCAGUGACAGCAGCCCCACACCGAGGCGCUCCAUGAAGUACACACUCUGCAGUGACAACCAUGGUAUCAAGCCUCCCACGCCAGAGCAGUACCUGACUCCGCUGCAGCAGAAGGAGGUUUGUAUCCGGCACCUGAAGGCCCGGCUCAAGGACACGCAGGACCGGCUCCAGGAUCGGGACACAGAGAUCGAUGACCUUAAGUCGCAGCUGUCCCGCAUGCAGGAGGACUGGAUCGAGGAGGAGUGCCACCGCGUCGAGGCCCAGCUGGCUCUGAAAGAGGCCCGCAAGGAGAUCAGGCAGCUCAAGCAGGUCAUCGACACUGUCAAGAACAACCUGAUCGACAAGGACAAGGGGCUGCAGAAGUACUUUGUGGACAUCAACAUCCAGAACAAGAAGCUGGAGACGCUGCUGCAUAGCAUGGAGGUGGCCCAGAAUGGAGUAGCCAAGGAGGAAGGAACUGGGGAGUCGGCAGGCGGGUCCCCUGCGCGCUCCCUCACCCGCAGCUCCACCUACACCAAGCUGAGUGACCCAGCCGUCUGUGGGGACCGCCAGGCAGGGGAUCCCUCCAACACCCUUGCUGAGGACGGAGCUGAUAGCGGCUUUGUGGCUGCCGAUGACACCCUGAGUCGGACGGACGCCCUGGAGGCCAGUAGCCUGCUGUCAUCGGGAGUGGACUGUGGCUUUGAGGAAGCCUCGCUGCACAGCUCCUUCAACCUGGGCCCCCGCUUCCCUGCCAGCAACACGUACGAGAAGCUGCUGUGUGGCAUGGAGGCUGCCGUGCAGGCCAGCUGCAUGCAGGAGCGGGCCAUCCAGACAGACUUCGUGCAGUACCAGCCUGACCUGAACACCAUCCUGGAGAAAGUGGGCCAGGCUCAGGGGUGCAGCUCGGUCCUCAAGGACAGGCACUCAGAGCUGGAUCUCCACCCUUCAGGGCCCAGAGACCCCGACUCAGCAGUGGUGGUAACAGUAGGUGACGAGCCGGAGGCCCCAGAGCCCAUCACCCGCGGGCCAGCUAUACAUCGGCCUGCAGUCAACUCUAACCCAGGACUGCCAGUGAGUGUGGUGUGUCCAGUGGAAGAGGAGGAGGAGGCAGCCGCCGCCGCCGCCGCCACCGCCACCACCACCACCGAAAAGGAACCCAAGAGUUACUGGAGCCGCCACUACAUCGUGGAUCUGCUGGCUGUGGUGGUGCCAGCUGUGCCAACGGUGGCCUGGCUCUGCCGCUCCCAGAGGCGUCAGGGCCAGCCCAUUUACAACAUCAGCUCCCUGCUGCGGGGCUGCUGCACAGUUGCCUUGCACUCCAUCCGCAGGAUCAGCUGUUCACUGAGCCAGCCGAGCGCCGGCUCAUCCGGUGGCUCCCAGCUCUGAGGCUGCCAGCCCUCCACUUUGGGCAGCCUGACCAUUGAUUGUAGGAUGCCACUUGCUGCCCUCCAUCCCACCCCCACCCCCAUUGGCUUCCUCUUAACUUCCUUUCAGGCCCAGAAUAGCGCCCCCCACUCAAGAUGUCAGUAGUGUCAGGGAUUCAGAAAGGCAUCGCAAAAACGUCAAGAGAAAGGGGUUAAGAUGGCUAAUUGAAGAGGGAGAAACUGGUAAGAGCGCCCCUCCCUCUGUCCCCUCAGCCCACCCAGACUCUAGACAAGGCAGGCCCUGCUCAGAAAGUCUCUGGCUUAUUGAUCUGAGGAUCCUCCCCUCUUUUGAACCAUUCUUGUCAGCACCUGGCCCACUCCAUGCCUUCUCUUCCAGGCCACCCCUUGCCCCUCUCCUUGGGCUCCUGGACCAGUAUUACCUCCUCAAAUGGAGGCAGCCAGGACUCAAAAUACAGAGAACCACUCCACACAGGGUCUGGCUUCCCUGGUCCCACCAAGGCUCCAGCUCUCCUCCCUUGCCUAGGAUGCAGAAGUAAGGUCCAGCUGGAAUGACCAGCUCAGGCAGGAGGGUAGGUUCUGUGUCUGUCUGUCUGUCCUCUUGGCUUCUGGGUGUGUUAGAUCUUUGUGAGAUGUCCAGUACCCAUCACUACUCCUAACAUGCUUAUCGUGGGAUUGGGAGGGAGCCCUUACCCAAGCCCCAGCACAGAGAAGGCAAGGCUAAGGCCCUUCACCUUCUGAGAUGAGUCCACCUCAUCUGUAGCCGAGAGGUACCUCAGUGAGUUGAGAAAGUCAGAGGUCACUUACCGCAGGCCCCUUUGGCCCCAAGCCCUACCUAUGUUUGCACUCAGCUCCCUGCCCAUCCCAGAAACCCCAGGCUGCUUGCUUUCUGGGAUGAGGACUUCUUUCACCCAGCUGACUCCAGAGGAGGAUGAUGGAAGAUGGCCAUCAGGGGGCACCUCCAGAUGAGUUUCUGAAGCCACAACAUCUGCCUCUCCAUGCCAAAGCAGGGUCCCCCAAGUGUGCUUCCCAAGCAGGGGAGUGGCCAGGUAGUGUGAGCCUGUCUGUGCUGCUCCUGGUCCAGGCCUAGUCAGCCUGAGAAAAUGCUGUGAUCCUCACUUCCCUCUUCUUCCCAGAGAGGUCAUACCUACCUGACUGGCCCACCUCCAGGGAGCUGGUAGAGCCCUGCAUCUCACCCUCUCUGGCAUGGGAGCCUCUCUGGUUCUCUGCUAAGGUCGCUUGUCCUCACUGUUGCUCCAGUGGCCACUACUUGACUCAUGAGUUCUGCCCCACCACUCUGUGCCCUCCAAAGGGGCACCUGCAUGCACUGGGAGUGGGCAGCAGCCAGCCUAGCCAUCAGGGCAAGAGCCCUCUGCCGUGCGCUUUGUGCCUCCAAGCCCCCACCCCCACCUUGGUUGGGGCUGCAGACCAGCCAUCCUUGGUGGAACGUUCCUACCCCAGCUGAACCAAACCCAAAUGCCUGAGGCCUCGCUGGGGCUGCCCCAUAGGACACUGGGGUGGUACCAUGGAGAGACAGGGGAUAAAACUGAUCCAAAGCCAAGCCAGGACUGGCCACGGACCCAGUCUCCUGCGCCGUGUACUCAUGGAGCUCCAUAUGUCUCCCUAGCAACAGUUGAAGCUCUACUGAGAAAAAUAAAUGUAUGAACUAUAUUUGACAACAUAAAAUCCAUAUAUUUUUCACCAUUUGGCAUUUAGUCCAACUUUGCAGCCCCUCUGUUCCAUGUCUUGCUGUCUGGGCCUUCUUGUCGUGUCUCGUGUUUGGUGGACUUGGGCAGGGCUACAACUGUGGUCUACUCUGUUCCUGCUGCUGGAGAAGCCAUUGAGAAGGGUCCAGGUUUGUAGAGGCAUCAAGUGGAACUGGCCACCACCCUGCUCCUGCCGUGACCCUCGCCCUGCCUAUGUGAUCGCCUGUGAACUCACCUACAGUAGAGAUCCUCUUUCGUGAGUUCUGCCUCUCAGAAGGGCUCUGCUCCUUGCCAGAGCAAGUGGAGUGAGCAGCUCAUUACCCAGCCAUGGGAUGACCCUGGAACCCUGCAGGCUGGGGUAAUGGCCCUCUUCUUAAGUUUAUAUAAGCCCGGAGUCCCAUAUCCUUACAAAGGGGUUGCAGUGCCCAUGCAGUCCCAAGAGGUAGGCUUGGAGGUAGACACUUGAGCAGCCUGCUGUUUCCAGAUAUGGAGAAGGGGGCUGAGAGCAAGGUGGAACUGGGCCAGGCUCCCCUUAGAUACUCAUCCCCAAAGCUCCCCCCUUCCCAGUUGGCUGCAAUUUUCCCUCUUGCCCUUGGCUCCUGGAGCAAAAAUGUUAAGGGUGCUCCUUUCCCCUGCCUCCAGUCAGAGCAGACAAGGUCUCGAGGAAGUGUCCCCAGGAACUGCCUUCUAUAGCUCCUGAGGCCUUGGAGCCCAGCAGCUUGAAGUAGUGGCUCCUUUGUUCUGGAGCCCUCUGACAGGGCUCCGUGAGGACUUCUGGAAAGAGGCAACGCUGAGCAGAGUUCACGGUCAAUGUGUCCAGGCAGGUAGCAUACAUAGCUUUUCACUGAGACUCCUCUUCACCUGUACAGGCACAGGACAACAUAUCCCAGGCUCUAGGGCCAAAGGCCACUGAGGGGUCUCCACCCUAGGAACUCAUAGCCCCCUUCCGAUCUAGGCGACAUGUGAACUGGCCACCGUGCACUCACAUUAGGCUAUCUUGACAGAUUCCAGGGGACACAGGAGGGGGGCUGUGGGAAGGGGUCAUAACUCUCAGUCUCCUUUGUCUCUUUGUUCAGACAGAGUUGUGCCUGUAGCAGACAGCUCUGAAUUAAAGCAUGAACACACACACA